AUGAAUGAACCCGUUUCUGACCCGUCAAACCAAUAUUAUUCCAGUGAUUUCGAGAAUAAUUACAAUGACACGGCGACUCAAUACUACUAUAGUACUGAAGAAAACCCUUCUUCCGAUUAUUAUAAUUACCAAGCAAAUUUUACCAACGAAUCUUUGGCACCAAUCCCGACCUGUGAUAAUACUAAUGGAACUGACCUACCCGAGGAAGAUGUAAAUUUUCAAAUAACACCUCAAGAGGACAAUCAAACUUAG